UAUAAUAUAAAUAUACGCUGAUGUGAAGUAACCUCCUUUUCCCGUUUUAUUUUAGGGAUAAUGAGUCUUCUUGCUUCUCACCUAAGUUGAAUAAGCACCUCGUGCACUUUAAUCCCCUGUCGUGCCAUCAGGCUGACUGAAGACAGUGUUUUGAAAUCUCAGCUAUAAAGACAUCCUGCCAAAGUCUCAAUCUUGCCUUAACAAUGUUCCAGAGACUGAAUAAAAUGUUUGUGGGUGAAGUCAGUACUUCUUCCAACCAAGAACCAGAAUUUAGUGAGAAAGAAGAUGAUGAAUGGAUUCUGGUUGACUUCAUAGACACUUGCGCUGGUUUCUCAGCAACAGAAGAUGAAGAAGACAUCAAUGAAGAGUCACCUACUGAGCACCCUUCAGUCUUUUCCUGUUUACCUGCAUCUCUUGAGUGCUUGGCCGAGACCAGCGAUUCCUGCUUCCUCCAGUUUGAGUCCUGCCCCCUGGAGGAGAGCUGGUUUAUCACCCCUCCCCCGUGUUUUACUGCAGGUGGAUUAACCACUAUCAAGGUGGAAACCAGUCCUAUGGAAAACCUUCUCAUCGAACAUCCCAGCAUGUCUGUCUAUGCUGUGCAUAACUCCUGCCCUGCUGUCAGCGAGGACAGCUGUGGGGCUGAUGAAUUCCAUAACCCGAGUAGCCCCAGAGUGGAAGCUCAAGAUGAAAUGGGGCAACACAUUCAUUGCUAUGUUGCAGCUCUUGCUGCUCAUACAGCUUUUCUGGAACAACCCAAGAGCUUUCGCCCUUCCCAGUGGAUAAAAGAACAUAGUGAAAGACAGUCUUUAAACAGAAAUAGCCUUCGUCGCCAAAAUCUUACCAGGGACUGCCACUCUAGGCAAGUCAAGCACAGUGGCUGGGCCGUCCAUCAGCCCUGCCCACGUCAGUACAAUUACUAAGAAUUUCAAGGUUGAUUGGUUUCUCUUGGUUUGUGCAUAUGUGUGUGGAUGCGUGUGGACAGACAAUGAAGAUGCUGUUUCUUUACAGCCAACUGACGACCAAUCACGUAGUUUUAUCAAUUGUUUAGACACUAUCUUGAAAACCAGAUUUACGUGCUGUGUAUCACAUAAUGCCUUGCUUUUAACAUUUACUUUUUUGAAACAUUUUCAGAAUAUUUUUGGAAACAUA